AUGGUUGCUAAUUAUUUUACUUCUAUCUUAGUUCUCACCUCCCCUGAGCAUGGGGUCGCUACGAUUUGGCUUGUGGCGACAUUGGGCUCGAAGUCAAUUGCCAAAAGACUGAACAAGAAGGCGAUCUUGGAUGUCGACGUGCCUAGGGCUUGUAACGUCAUUAUAAACCCUGAAGCUCCGAUGGCGUUGAGACUUCAGUCGAGCUUGUUGUACGGAGUAUCAAGAGUCUACAGUCAACAAUGCGGUUAUACUCUCACUGAUGUGCAGGCGACGCACGAUAAGAUGAGAGCGAUGUUGAAGGUCUUGCCUGGAGGAGGACUGGAUCCUGCUGCUGGAAAGGCGAGACCAGACCAGCUCGUCCUCUCCGACGACCCGUCCUUCGUACCCGAAAUCAACCUCCCCGGACUUGGAAUCGACCUCUCUAAGCUUAACCUCGAACCGCAAGCAGACACAAGCCGCCAGAACAGCUUCCUCUGGACCAGGUCUCCGGAUCGCAGCCAAACUUUCCCGGAGAAUCUCAAUCUCCAACUCGACCUUUCAUCUGAAGACAUAAUGAAAGACUUUGGUGGGAUUGGCUCGCAGUCUGAGACUAGUGGCUCUGUCCACCAAAGACCUCUGGGAAGGAUUGCAGAGGGGGCAUUGGAUGAUGAAACUGGUGUCUUGCUGCAGCCCGACUUUGAGUUCGAUGAGGAUGGGAAUAUCAUUGAGCUUUCUGGGGAGCGUGAGCGCCGAUCAAACAUCCUGCGUGAUCAGUUUGGUGGAAAGCAUUUGAGUGAGACGCCUCUUCCUGGAAUGGGAGAUAAUGAUAUCCAGUGGGAUUAUCAGGUGCCUUUUCCUUUCCUACAAGACCAAAAGGAAAAUAAUCAAGGCGACCAAGCAGUUACAGCUCGUCAGGUCCAUAGAGCACCCAAAGUCGUACCAGCAGACAAUCGAACAGCUCUACGCAAUACGGAACUAGCACAAAUCAACAACGAAUACAUGCAGAACAUGGCUGCUAUACUCAAGCAAAAGAAGAACAAUAAAAUAUCCGUUCAGGCGAAAAAGAAUGCCAUAUUCUGGGUGUUCGGUCUAGGGAUCGGUUCUGUGGGAGUUGGUUUGGGUGCGUCCCAGAUGCCGCACCCAUUGCAGGUGUUUUCUGGCGAUGAUUUAUGUGCUGCUCUUAAUCCGCAGGAAAAGCAGAAAGCGCGAAAGCGAGCACAUCGCGCGGAUGACGAUGAAGGAGAUUCUGAUAAAGAUGGAAGGCGAGUUCGUGCUAGGGGAGAAAGUGAAGACCAGGUCGGGCGUGGUGGUGAUGAAGUUGAAAUAGGCCGUAACGCCUCACCCGCACUUCGCGACGACAACUCCCAGAUGCCCUGGAACAUCACUGCCUCAAUCCAGAGCUCCCGUCACGGCUCAUCCGCCAACAUCUUCCGUGGAUUCGGAAGUGUUAGUGAGUUAUCGUCUCGUGGUAUGCCUGAGCCGGCGAGUAUCCAACUGCCAGGAUUCGGCAGACCCCGAAGCCGACUUACAAGCGCGAGCCCCCUCGCUGGUCGAGGGUUUUCUUAUGAUCUUGAGUCGUUGACUGGCCUUGAGGGUCUUGAGGGAGACAUUGACGUAUACGGAGACUUUGAUCUGAGCCAUUAUUUACAGGCUGAUGUUGAUGGCGAUGGAAAUGUCAUGCUUCGUAAUGACGAAGGCGUGAAUGCUUCCGCGCAGAAGAGUGCUAGGACCAGCACCCGUGGUACCGAUAGCCAGCAGCGAUACUCACAGGAACAGGUUCUCCAGUCAUCCCUCGAUCAGGAUACCGUGAACUUUCUCGACUUUAUGUACGCGCAGGCGCUCAAUAUGCAGGAGCAACACGACCCUGAGACUCAGAAGGACGGAGAUGAAGGGAUGACAGAAUUCUCAAUUCCACCGCGUGAAGUCUCCGGGGCGAAGGAGAUUACAUUCUCGACUCUUCUGCCGCCAAAGGAGACGACUCGAACUGUGGCUACGCAUGCGAUUAUGCACGUCCUUACUCUUGCCACGAAGGGGUUCCUGGAGGUCCAUCAGGAGGAGUACGAGGAUCAGAGCAGUGAGGAACAUGGGGUGUUCUAUCGGUAUGGGGAGAUUUCCAUGCAUUUGCCGUGA